UUUUUUCAACGAAAAAUACAGUAAAAAGACUAAAGAAUGUCUCUGAUUUGAACAUCUCUGAAUUUUGAAUGCUUUGGUGGCUCAAGAGAGAGAAUCAAAGAAGUGCACCAAAAAAAACCGUGUGAAAUCGUCUCUACCCCUUUGACUCUCUCCCUAUUUUUUCACUUUACUCACCUUCUUCCUCAAUUUAUAGUAUUAUUCAUCCCAAAUAAACACCCACAUGAUCAACACCCCUCACAAAAACCAUGGCCACCGGGAAAUCAAGAUCUGAAACACAACAUCUUCAUCAAUCAAACAUCAAACCCAUGUUUUUCUCCCUCAGUUUUCCCACAUGUCUGUUCCUUUUCUUCCUAAACGUUUCAUUUCCCACCGUCAAUUCUGAUCCCCGUGUAAGCAGCGCCAGCGGCACUCUCUGCGGCGCCGGCCGAGCAACAUCAGCGAGCUUCAUCCCCACAUUCGUACAAUCAAUGGAAGGAUUAUCAAGCAAUCUCAACACUUCCAAUAACAACUUCGCUGUCACAAACAACACUAAUCCCAAUUCACCUCCUUUUUUCGCGUUAAUUCAAUGCCACGAAGAUCUUUCUCGCACCGAUUGUCUCGUUUGUUACGCCGUCAGCCGUACGGCCCUCCCCAUCUGCCUUCCGGGAACCUCCGGCCGGGUUUUCCUCGACGGAUGCUUUCUUCGUUACGAUAAUUAUAGUUUUUUUCAAGAGGCUGUUGAUCCUGCAACUGAUACUAAAAACUGUACUUCGAGCUUGCCGAAUAGUAAUAAUUGGAAUGAUUUUAAAGGUGGGUUUCCGGAAUUCAAUCAGAGUGUUGUGGAUUUGGUUGAAAAUCUUACGCAAUCGGCAGUGAACAACAGUGGAUUUGGGGUUAUGGAAUUGAAUGGUGUUUAUGGAUUGGCGCAGUGUUGGGAGAGUUUGACUACGGAAGAGUGUAGGAUUUGUAUGAAUAAAGCAAAAUCGGAAGCUACGAGCUGUUUGCCGAGUAGAGAAGGAAGGAGUAUGAAUGCAGGGUGUUACUUUAGGUAUUCUACGGAGAAGUUCUACGACAAUGAUCCACAAGCAGAUGGGGGUAGUUCUGGACUUUCUAGUCCAGGGGCUAAAGUAGCUGUUGUGUUGGCUGGAGUUGCCUUUCUUAUGAUCUCAUCAUUUGCAGGUUAUACAGCAUAUAUAAGAAUAUCAAAGCGGAGAGAAGAGCGGAAAAACAUGGGGAUGCUAUCGAAUUCAUUCAACAAAGCGGGAUUGAAAUACAAAUAUGAAACACUUGAAAAGGCAACAAAUUACUUUGACAUUUCUAACAAAUUAGGUCAAGGAGGAGCGGGAUCCGUAUACAAAGGAACACUUCCUAAUGGAGACGUUGUUGCUGUAAAACGGUUGUUUUUCAAUACAAGACAAUGGGUGGAUGAGUUCUUUAAUGAAGUCAACUUAAUUAGUGCAAUUCAACACAAGAACCUUGUGAAGCUUUUGGGUUGUAGUAUCGAAGGACCUGAAAGUCUUUUGGUCUACGAGUAUGUUCCAAACAAGAGCCUUGAUCAUUUCCUCUUUGACAAGGAUAAGUUACAGAUUCUGAGCUGGAAGCAACGGAUGGGUGUGAUUCUUGGAACAGCCGAAGGUCUAGCGUAUCUUCAUGGAGGUUGUCACGUUAGAAUAAUCCACCGGGACAUCAAAAGUAGCAACAUUCUUCUUGACAAAGAUUUCAAUGCAAAAAUUGCCGAUUUUGGCCUCGUGAGGACUUUCGGAGCGGAUCGGAGUCAUCUUACCACUGGCAUUGCUGGAACUUUAGGCUAUAUGGCACCGGAAUACAUCGUUCGAGGUCAACUUACAGAAAAGGCAGAUGUUUUUAGUUUCGGAGUCGUAGUUCUCGAAAUCGCAUGCGGGAAAAGAAACAACGCUUUCGUAGAAGAAUCGAGUUCACUUUUGCAAACUGUUUGGAAGCUAUACAAAGAAGGUGUUGUAGCAGAAGCGAUCGAUCCAUUACUCCAGGGUGAUUUCCCAGAACACGAGGCAUUAGAAGUUUUACAAAUCGGGCUUUUGUGCACACAAGCAUCUGCAACUCUAAGGCCAUCAAUGGAUGAAGUGGUGGAGUUUUUGACCACAAAAGGCGAAGAUCGGGAGAUCCCAGUCCCACAUCAACCGCCAUUUUUGAACGCUCGAGCACUGGUGUCUCAAUCUCAAGGGCUAAGUAGCUCGACUUCGAAUUCUAGCCCGUUAACUAAAUUGGGGAUAUCGUAUACCACCACAUCACAAUCUUCCACAGCUCCAAGCUCAGAGUGGCCUUUAAGAAUUGACGAAUUGAGCUCGAGUUAGGUUGUUUUUAUGGGGUUAGGCUGAAAGGAAUCGAGCUUCUUUUGCCGUCGGCAUGCCUAUGUGGCAGGAGAGGGAUAACUUUUAUGGAGAAUGGUUUAUCUUUGUGAAGGGUUUUUGGGGGAGGGGGGAUUUUGUGCAUAUUUUACAAGAGUUAGCUCCACGUUUUUUUGUUUUGUUUUGUUUUUUUUUUUUUUAUUAUUUUUUAAUAUCUAAUAUUAUAUUGUAGUUUGUAAGUGAAUUUUUGUGGAUUUGAUUAAGAAAAUAAGCUAUUAAAAAGCUUGGUGAAAAUUUUUAUAUAUCAAAUUGAGUUUCCAA